AUGAUGCCUCAAGCUCCGACCCCAAUAAUGCCCGUCUCUACUAAACCUAAAUUACCGUUCUCUAUCGAGUCGUUGGUAGGGAAGGACACUGAUGAUUCUCGAGCGGACACCAACACUGUUCCACCACAACCAACUCAUAUUCGGACCUCUAUUCCUGAAUCAGUGCUUACGCAUUCUGUUCCAACAUUUCCCGGGACAUUUCCUUCAGCUCGGCCUGUUACUGUUUGUCUAGGUCACGGAGAACCGCUCUCACCAUACCUUUACUCCCCGGUUUCACCCGCAUAUCCUCCGGUAUCCCCGUUCUUCGUCGGUCGGGAGUCCCAGUAUCCUGCGUACCCAUGGUUACUAGCGGCAAGACAGCAAAGAUUUUUUGCACCAAGAUUAGCAGUUCCGGAUGUUCCUGGAUUUCUACUUCAUCCGUUCAGAAAACCGAAGAGAAUCCGAACCGCAUUUUCUCCUGCCCAGCUUCUGAAGUUAGAACAUUCAUUUGAAAAGAACCAUUACGUAGUAGGAACCGAGAGGAAACAGUUAGCUCAGAGUCUUAGUCUAACAGAAACUCAGGUUAAGGUGUGGUUCCAAAAUAGAAGAACUAAACACAAGAGGCAGAAGCAAGAAGAGGAACAAGGAGGCGAUCAACGUGCCGAGCAAACGUCUCCGCCUUCAUCCCCUGUAGGUGCAAGUCCUCCAAGCUCCCCGAUGUCUCCUCACUGGAAACUGUCUCCACAUCUGGAACAAUGGAAGGUUGAAGAUCAGCACCCCGAAG